UGAGUAAACGAUCAGAAUUAGAGUACACGUUGUUCAUCAUUCUGAGUGUUAUAAAAAGGACAAAAACUGCACCUAAAUUAUUCGCAGAAACAAGGUUUUUGUUUUAAGAAAUACUAGGAAAAUGCCUGAGAUGGUCGUGAAUACCACACCCUCCAACUCCUCCACAGCUUCAUCAAGAACUGUGCUUCUCCUUCUGAGGGUCUUAACCUCUGUGUUCCUUCUCAUUGCUCUCAUUCUCAUCGCCUUAGUCAAACAAACUGAUGCAGACACUGGUGAACAAAUCAAGUUUAGCGAUUUCUAUGCUUAUCGAUAUAUGAUAUCGACGAUAAUCAUUGGAUUUGCGUAUAACCUGCUGCAAAUGGCGUUCUCGAUCUUCACUGUGGUAUCAGGAAACCGUGUGUUAAGUGGUAACGGUGGCUAUUUGUUUGAUUUCUUUGGUGACAAGGUAAUAUCAUACUUCAUGAUUUCGGGUUCAGCUGCUGGAUUUGGUUUGACAGUAGAGUUGGGAAGAGGUGUACCCUCGAACUCGUUUACUGACAAGGCAAACGCUUCUGCAAGCCUUCUUCUGAUUGGAUUUGUGUUCACUGCCAUAGCAUCAACUUUCACUUCCUUUGCUUUGCCAAAGAAACCUAAUUGAUGCACAAAUUCAAUGAUAUAGUUUGUAAUUCUUUCUUAUUGUUCCCUUCUCAACUUAGUAUUCAGGUGUUGUUCAAUUCAAUGGAUUAGUUGCAACGUUGUUUAUCUCUGUUAUGUACUUUCACUUCCCAUCAUAUGAAGCAAAAUUGUAAUUGUUUUUAUUUUUCUGAAUAGGAUGUUUUUUCUUGUUUAA